AUGUCAAACGCUACUAUGAGUACCGUCAUCUACAACAUUUAUAACGUUCAGAAUGCCUUGGUCAACUCAUCCUUGGAUGGCAUCAAAAUGCUUCCUCUCAAUACAACGAUAUCAGUGAACUCCAGCGAAUGGCAGCAAUGCUUAGACCGCAUUAACUUUCUGUGCUCAACUAAGUGGACAAAGAAGAGACGGCUUCGCGAAAGAGAGCUCAUUUUCGGUGAGACUCGGCAGUGUCAUCGGGCAGGCAUCUACAAAUCAGAACGCCAAAACCGUCUCGCGCAAAAGGAUUCCAAGACAUGCGGUUGCACUGCUGCUUUGCAGAUAAAGCAAUACAUUAGUAAUCCUGAUGUUGUUACGUUUUGCAUGAAAAAAGACCAUACAAACCACGUUCCUGGCGAGGCGUCAGAAAUUGGAACCCUCCCUUUGCCUUCCGAGGAAAUCAAAAUUAUCGAAGAUCAGCUGAGGGGUGGAAACAGUUGCAACAACACUGGAGCUUCUGUUCUCAGACAGAUUGAUGACUGGAGUGUUGGAGCAAUAUUUCUGCUUACAGUACCAACGAAAAAUCUAUUUGCUUUUGGAUUCCAAUCACCUUCGCAAGUAGGAGUCAUGAUAAUUACCCAGUCGUUUUGCCUCGAUGCUACCCACAACAUUUCGUCUAAAAACAUGGAAGUUACGUAUUCCUUUGUUAAUGCAAUCGCAGCAGCAUUACAUCUGACUGCAAUCCAUUACUGCGAGUUACAUGCUCUUCGUGCUUGGCAACAUAAUCUCGACAACAAAAGUGAAAGAAGAGGAAAGGAAAAAGAGAAAAGAAAUAACAGAUUCAAGGCUUCAAACUUGGCCAAUAAUUACAUCGAAGCAUGGCCCAAACAGCUGAAUUACUAUCCUACUUCAAUCGUGCUCGAAUCAGAAGAUUGGAUCGUUUUAUUUUCAUCCUUAAAAAACGAUAAUGAAAAUUCAUUUUUACGAGCAAGACAGGAAGGAGAUAAAGAUAAUUCACUUCCAGCAACGCUUAAAUGGGACACCGAAAAAUAA